CUGGAGGGCUGUGCUCCCGAGAGCUCUGUUGGCUGAACAACAACAUCAGCACAUCUGCUCUCCCGGCGACAUGAGGCCCCUGCUGCGGGGUCCGGCGAUGAACGAGGAGGAGGAGAACUCGGACAGCACCCCGCUCCUGCCGAGCGCCCGGCAAACCGAAGCGGCUCCAGUAUGCUGCUCUGCUCGGUACAACUUAGCGAUUUUGGCUUUCUUUGGUUUUUUUGUUCUUUAUUCCUUACGUGUGAACCUGAGUGUUGCAUUGGUGGACAUGGUAGAGUCAAAUACAACCCUGACCGAUAAUAGAACUUCCAAGGAGUGUGCAGAGCAUUCCGCCCCCAUAAAAGUUCACCACAAUCGCACGGGUAAGAAGUACCCGUGGGACGCAGAAACUCAAGGGUGGAUUCUAGGCUCUUUUUUUUACGGCUACAUCAUCACACAGAUUCCCGGGGGGUACAUGGCCAGCAGAAUCGGAGGCAAGCUGCUGCUGGGCUUCGGCAUCCUGGGCACUGCUGUCUUCACCCUGUUCACACCCAUGGCCGCGGACUUGGGAGUGGUGACCCUUAUCGUGCUGAGAGCUCUCGAAGGGCUAGGAGAGGGUGUUACGUUUCCAGCCAUGCAUGCCAUGUGGUCUUCCUGGGCCCCCCCUCUUGAAAGAAGCAAGCUGCUUACCAUUUCCUACGCAGGAGCACAGCUCGGGACGGUAAUCUCACUCCCUCUCUCUGGAAUAAUUUGCUACUAUAUGAAUUGGACUUACGUCUUCUACCUUUUUGGUGUAAUUGGAAUCGUAUGGUUUAUUUUGUGGAUGUGGUUAGUUAGUGAUACGCCAGAAACUCACAAGACAAUCUCCCAUUAUGAAAAAGAAUACAUUGUGUCAUCAUUAAAAAACCAGCUUUCUUCCCAGAAGGCAGUGCCGUGGGCGUCCAUCUUGAAGUCACUGCCACUUUGGGCAAUUGUCGUAGCGCAUUUUUCUUACAACUGGACCUUCUAUACUUUACUGACAUUGUUGCCUACAUAUAUGAAAGAAAUCCUAAGGUUCGAUGUUCAAGAGAAUGGGAUCUUAUCCGCAUUGCCUUAUUUUGGCUGUUGGCUCUGCAUGAUUCCCUGUGGCCAAGCCGCUGAUUAUUUAAGAGUCAAGUGGAAUUUUUCAACUAUAAGUGUUCGGAGAAUUUUUACCCUCGUGGGAAUGGUUGGCCCUGCAGUUUUCCUGGUUGCCGCUGGAUUUAUAGGCUGUGACUAUUCUUUGGCUGUUGCGUUCCUCACCAUAUCCACGACACUAGGAGGCUUUGCCUCUUCGGGAUUUAGCAUCAACCAUCUGGAUAUAGCUCCUUCGUAUGCCGGCAUCCUCCUGGGCAUCACAAACACAUUUGCCACUAUCCCCGGAAUGAUUGGGCCCAUCAUUGCUAAAAGCCUGACCCCUGAUAACACCAUUAGGGAAUGGCAGACUGUUUUCUGUAUCGCUGCUGCUAUUAAUGUGUUUGGUGCCAUUUUCUUCAUACUGUUUGCCAAAGGAGAGGUGCAGAACUGGGCUCUCAGUGACCACCACGGACACAAAAGCUGAAGACAAUGACAAAUAAUAAUUAGUGUAUUUUAAUUUAUCAUGUAAACUGAAAGUGCCUUUGGUAUUUUAAUGUGUAAGCAUUCUAUGUGAGAAAAAUAGUACCGGUAUUUUUAAGGUAAUCAUGAAAUGUUACUAGUUGCGAGAUUAUUUAAAAUGAGCUGUUUUUAAUUAUUAAUAAUAUAUCUGCCAGACCUUAUACUGGGUUUGCAUACCCAGCUGCAAGUUAGGCAGCAUGAUAUAAGGGAGGGCUUAACACGGUGGUUCUCGGCUGGGCAGUGGUGGUGGCACAUGCCUCUAGUCCCAGCACUCAGGAGGCAAAGACAGGCAGAUCUUACUGAGUUCAAGACCAGCCUGGUCUAUAAAGUGAGUUCCGGGAUUGUCCCACAGAGAAACCCUGUCUCAAAAAAAAAAAAGAAUAAAACAAACAAAAAAAGACAAUGGUUCUCAACCUGUGGCUCAUGACCCCUUUUGGGGUCACCUAAGGCUAUCAGAAAACACUAAUAUUUACAUUAUAAUUCAUAACAGUAGGAAAAUUAGUAUGAAGUCACAGCAUAUCAGUUUUAUGGUUAGGGUCACCACAUCAUAAGGAACUGUAUUUUUUGUCUGUUUGUUUUUUUCAAGAGAGGGUUCUCUGUGUAGCUUUGGACGCUGUCCUGGAACUCGUUCUGUAGCCCAGGCUGGCCUCAGACUCACAAAGCUCCGACUGCCUCGGCCUCUCUAGUGCUGGGAUUAAAGGCAUGUACCACCAUCACCUGGCAAGGACCUGUAUUAAAGAGCCACGGCCACAUUAGGAAGGUUGAGAACCACUGGUUUAAGAAACGGAACUGAAAUGGACCCUCCCCCACUAGUACACGUGUUUACUUAAAUUAGAUAAAUCAUCUCAGAUUGUGUUAAAUACCUGUUUUUGUCUACUUCCCUCAUAAAAAUUGUUGCCAACUCUCCCUAAUACAUAGGUCUCAGUAACCUCUCCAUCAAGCCACCAGCCACUGUCAGACUUUGCCUGGCACCUGGACUGAGGGAUCCAUGCCCAGGCAGCUGCCAAGCAUUCCCUCCCUGGCUUCAGGGCUGGCGUGCCCAGCAGUUAUCAGAGGUGGCUUCCAAGUGCAGGGCCAAUGCCAAGUGUUUAGCUGACACUCUUUCCCUGUGGCUGUUAAUGUGUAGAUAAAGCCCUAAGUGGACCAGAGCAGUGGAUUCACAGCCACUGUCUUGACAGUGCCAGCCUGCCCUUGGCAGCACCCCGGCCUCAUGGCUGGCAGUUGACCCACAGAGCAAGCGUGCAGCGCUCAGACAGCCGCAGAUAACAGCAUCCUUGAUUAAAGUGACUUGCACACAAAUCAGAGUAUGGAUUUUUACAUUCAGUUUUUCUGGCUACAUUAGAUUUUUAAUAUCUUAAAUCUUUUUUCAGUCUGUCUUGAUUUAUGUUCCUGGUCACAGUUUAAAGUGACUUUCAGGACCAAAGGUUUGAUUCAGUGGUAGAGCGUUUACCUAGGACUCUGUUCCAUCCGGCCGCAAAAUAGAGCUAAAGGGACAACAGGUGAAGCUGGUGAGCCCCCUUUCCCGUGCUUGCUGAAGCCAGCUUCCGGCAGCUCCUGCCGCCUGGGGUCUGCUGGUUGUUGGACAUACUGUAAGAAGUACCUAAGCAUCGAAAGCCUGCCUUAUGUUCUCUUGUGUCUGUUCAACACUUACCUGUGACAUUUCAAUUAACACUUGGUUAAUGUAACACGGUGUAAAUACAUUUAUAUAAAUUUAUUUUUAAAUUUGUAAAUAUAGGUUGAGUUGCCAUGUGAUGUUUCUUUUAUAAAUCAUCAAAAUAAAUCCUUUCGCAUUA